AGGUUUCUCCCGUGCGUUCUCGUCCCGUCUUCGUGAAAAAUAAUUGUGAAGUUAUGUUAACGUCGUUGAUUCCAGUUUUGAAUCUUCCCAACUUUCCAUUUCAACAACAGUCCGAUCCACGGUCCAAUUCUUGGUCGUGGUUCCUCCUUUUCUUCCCUUUUCAUCCUUUCGAACAUUUUACAUCAUUCAACAACUCACCUCAGAAGCAUCAAGUACAUUUCAUUAAUAAAAACGCAACCUCGAGGACCAUGUCCGUGCUCACCCAGGUUCAGGCCCGGCUGGCGACCGCGCAGAUGCAGCUGGAGCUGUUCUGGCAGUGGUUGCUUCAGCAGUUGAUUUUGCUGCAGGAUUCCGCGAUGGCGUACCUGCAGAAGCUCGGCGUGUACGACAUUUUGUUCUAUACGAUCCCCGAUUUCUUCCGCAAUGCCUACGCAGCGUACCAGCAGAAACUGGAGCAGAUUGCCACCGCGCUGAAAAUCAGCGAACGCCUGGCGGCGCUGGAGGCGUUCGUGAUCCGCAGUUGGCUGAAAUUGGAGGAGCUGACCAUCUACUAUUCCGCGAGAAUGAUGGAAUUGUACGAUCUCUACACGACGAACCUGGCCAAUUGGUACUACUACAGCAGCGGCAUUCCGGAGGCGGUCGCGAAGGUGGAGGCGAAAAUCGCGGUGGUCGGCGAGGAAGUGAAGAAACUCGCGUUGCAGUUGUCGGAGAAAACGACGAAGGUGAUCGAGGACAUCAGUGUCGCACUCCAGCCGUACGUCGAAAAAGUGCAAGUCCUUGUCCAGCCGUAUGUCGACCGGGCGAAGUUGCUCGUGAACAAUUUGUACGCCACAGCCGAGCAGAACUACAACCUGCUGAAGUCCAAGUUCCCCAUUUUGGAGGAAAAUUUGCCCGAGUUCGCCGUCCUGCUCACGUUCCUCGGGUAUUUGGUGAUUGCUUUUGUGGUCUUGCUGGUUCUCCGCGCCUUUUUCAACUGGUUCAACAAGUCGGCGAAAACCGCCACGGCGAAAAAGCGGUUGACGGACGCCCUGACCGCCGCCGCCAUCCCCGUGGAGGCCGCCGCUGGGGGUGCUCGUUCCCGCGCCUCCUCGCGGACGCGGAAGCAGUCGGAGGGGCGGGAGACGCUGCUGAAAGACAACGCCUCCGAUGAAGCAGCCCCAACGAACAAGAAGUCCUCCACCUCCAAGGUCGGCGAGAACAGCGGCACCUCGACGACCGCAUCUUCCCGAAAGUCCGGGAACCGCGCAGACAACCGGGAGAAGCGGCUAGCGGUGCCGACCUGGUGGAGUGGCCAGGUACAGGAGAUGGGCACGGGACUCUACCUGGUUCGAACCAUGAUCGCCAACAAGGAGAUGCUCUGGCUGCAGUACUACGAAAGGAAGCCGGAGGACCGGGGCACCAUUCUGGCCUACGCGGAAACCGGGAAGAAAAACCUGCCGUACGGCAUCGCGUUGCCCGUGCGAAACGAGCUGCGCGAGGCACUCCUAGACUUUGCGACGGAGGCGAUUUGCGAAGCGCACUGUAUAGAAAUGUUUUGAACAAUAUCGUGUGCUGCGACCAGCCAUACAACUUUUUUUUCUCUAGAAGUACCUACUCGACGUAGCAACUCCUGAUACGCAUAGCUUCUUGAAUGUUUGUCCGAAUGAGGAGAAGUAUCUAUCCCAUGUGCAUGGUAAAAAACCAAAAAUUAAAACUUUCAGGUUUUCGUAUCGUGUUGUGCGAGACCGAGCAGGUGGAUGGGCAGCUGGUGUGGGCAUCAUCGAAGCGCAAAAAUGGGUCGAAAAUUGAAGUCUUCCAGGUAUGAAUCACCUAUCAAGUUCCAUAAAGCUGCCUGAAGUUUCAUAGUCAUUUUUUUACCUAAUUUUUGGGUUUUUCCACGGAACAAAAAUAAUUUUUUUCUUUGUUUCUGAAACGAAACGCAUCACUGACACACAAAAACUUGCCAGGUUUUGCCGGGCGAGGCUUGGUACCUGAGGCCCACCGAAGUGAAUUUUGUCGCUGCGGUCGAGUCCGGCAACAAGAAGCGAGAACCGAACAAGAGCGUAGACAACUUUCGCGACCUGAAGACUUCUAUCGCCGCUCGGCAGGGGUGCAGUGCGGAAGUCAACAAGCCCGGCCCGUGCUGCUGCGGGGGGGCGCCAAAGCCGUCGAACUUUGCUCGGGAAAAGUGGAUCGGUGAUUUCAUCGUCGGGCACUCGCUCAGCGGGUACAGUGAGUAAGCGGAUUCCUGUGUUCGUCGAAAAGUUUUUUUUUUGUUUUCGGUUUUUUAAACGAGUAGUGCGUUUUUCAAGAAGACUCAGUCAAAGUUUACAGUAGGCUCAUAUUACACUCAGAAGCUCAUGCUCAAAUUUACAUUUUCUAGUAACAGUUUACAUUUUCUAGUAACAGUUUGCAUUUUCUAGUAACAGUUUACAUUUUCAUUUUCUAAUAAUAGUUCGCAUUUCACACACAGUUUACAUUUUUUUACACGAACGCACUUCUCGCAUUUUUUUCUUUGCAUGUCAAAUGAGAAUCAAGGACUCGAGCGGGAGCGGCUGUGACGCUUUUGUGCUUUUCCGAUACUUAUUUGUAUCCCGUUCGACCUCGAUUCUUUAUUUUUUUGUUUAGCCCAAGAGCCCCAAGCCGAAGCGUUGUCGUCGGAGAGUUCUUUACCGAUGUAAACGCUGCGGAAUUUUCCUCCCUUCAAAGCCCCCGUUUUCCGAUAUAAAUUAAUAGCACUCGUGCUGUUAUAAUUUUUACCCGAUUUAAGCACGGUUACCCGUACCCUUUCCACUUCACAAGUCCCCCUGUACUGUAGCAUCUCCAUUUUUUUAUGCAAAGAAAGGCGCAAUUGAAAACCAGUACCGGUACGACAGGUCGGUGGCAUAAUAUAGUCCCACAGAUGGGCCAGCCGACACCUAAGCCGCAUCGCGUCAUCAUCUGCACGAAAAGUGUUUCUUUUCAAGAUGAACGCGGUGCCGAGCUGCAUUUGCAAAAAAGUCCGGUUGGUUUCUAGAAAACAGGAGCGUCUGAUUUCAGCAUAGUCAACAUUGCCCCGCCUGUCUUGCCAGCUACAAAUGGCCUGAGAUAAUAAAUCAAAGUCUUCAUCAACAACAGCUUUCCCGAGUCCCCAUAUAAAGUCCCAGAAAUCAUUCACUUUCGCAACCUGCUUCGCGCUG